AUGGUAAAGGUCGACCAGAAAGUCGUGCUCGUCGUGAUAGACGGUUGGGGAAUUCCUGGAGCAGAUUCUCCCAAGGAUGGCGACGCGAUCGCAGCUGCUGAUACUCCCACUAUGGACGAGUUUGCGCGAAAAGGAUCGUCCACUGCCCAAGGCUAUACCGAGCUCGAAGCCUCCUCUCUUGCUGUGGGCUUGCCUGAGGGCUUGAUGGGCAACAGCGAGGUAGGUCACCUCAACAUUGGAGCUGGAAGAGUAGUGUGGCAGGACAGUGUGCGCAUUGGUCAGUCUGUCAAGAAAGGUGAAAUGAAGAGUGUUGAGAACAUCAAGAAGAGCUUUCAAAGAGCCGUUGAUGGCAACGGAAGACUGCACCUACUUGGCCUUGUCAGUGACGGCGGCGUACACAGUGAUCAAGAGCAUCUGUACGCCUUGCUCAAAGUAGCCAAGGAGAUGGGUGUGCCGGAGGUCUACGUACACUUCUUUGGCGAUGGUCGAGACACAGAUCCAAAGAGCGCCGCAGAGUACAUGCAGCAACUGCUUGAUCAGAUGAAGAAGAUCGGCACGGGUUCCGUGGCCACUGUUGUUGGCCGUUACUAUAUCAUGGAUCGUGACAAGAGAUGGGAUCGCGUCGAGAUUGGUAUGAAAGGUUUCGUGACUGGCGAAGGUGAGGACACAGACGAUCCAGUUGCCAAGAUCAAGGAGCGGUACGACAAGAAAGAGAACGAUGAGUUUCUCAAGCCUAUCAUUGUGAACAAAAAAGGGUUGGUUCAGGACAACGACACUCUGUUUUUCUUCAACUACAGAAGUGAUCGUGUCCGAGAAGUCACUCAGCUGCUUGGGGACUAUGAUCGGUCACCAAAACCGGAUUUCCCAUAUCCGAAAAAUAUGCACAUCACCACGAUGACUCAGUACAAAACUGAUUACAAGUUCCCUGUCGCCUUUUCCCCACAGAGGAUGGACGAUGUACUGGCUGAAACGCUGUCAAAACAGGGCUGCGCUCAAUACCAUACCGCAGAAACAGAGAAAUACUUCUUUUUUAACGGCGGCGUCGAGAAACAGUUCGAGGGUGAAGACCGGGACAUGAUCCCCUCACCCAAAGUCGCCACGUACGACAAGGAACCACCAAUGAGCGCCCAAGCCGUAGCUGAUAAGAUGGCCGAGAGGAUUGCUGGCGGGAAGUAUGAGUUCCUCAUGCUUAAUUUUGCACCACCAGAUAUGGUCGGCCACACGGGUAUAUACGAAGCUGCAAUCGAAGCCUGCACUGCUACAGACAAGGCCAUCAAAACCGUAUAUGAUGCCUGCAAGCAGCAUGGGUAUAUGUUCUUCCUAACCUCAGAUCAUGGCAAUGCCGAAGAAAUGAAAACUCCAGAGGGAAAGCCAAAGACGUCCCACACAACCAACUUUGUACCGUUCGUCAUGGCCAAUGCCCCUGAUGGCUGGAGUCUGAAAGGCCCAGGUGUUUUAGGCGAUUGUGCUCCGACCCUGCUUGAAGCAAUGGGCCUUGAGAUCUACCCCGACAUGACGGGUCAAAGUUUGUUAGUGAAAAAGUAG